AUAGGUACAAGAUAUAUUUACAUGAUGGAUUAUAAUUAACAGAUCUAUUACUGACCGAACAAACAAAUACAAUGGACUUGAAAUUAUCUGGACAUAUUUUAUUAAGCCUGUUUCAUUUACUUUCACAAAGUAAACACUUGUUUGUCAAUGCUCAAGAACCUGCAAAAACUAAAAAGACCGACGAUGGAUACUUACUCGAAAGAUUCGAUACUGAAGUUUAUUCCAUGACUUCAGCAGAGCAGAAAUGUCAUGCACGUAGCGCAUGGCUGGUGCGGAUAAAAGAUAAGAAUAUGCAAGACGAAGUUGAAGUUCUUCUCGAUGGCGCAAAAGCACCAAAUUCAAACGGAGAUUACUUCAUUGGACUCACGAAAUAUCUGGGACGUUGGGUAUGGUCCGAUAAAGUUCGUGCUACAUAUAUGAAUUGGGGAUGGAAUGAAGGUAACGAUGGCAGUACGUGUGUAGCUAUCAGACACUCUGACAAAAAAUGGACAGAUGUUACAUGUACCGCGUACAGGCGUUACAUCUGCCAGUCAGAACUUCUCACUAUCACACUGACAAAUCAAGUAAUAGUAGUAGUACAUGGUAAUACGGCAUCUAUCAACAUCGCGACAAGGAGCUCUGAUGGAGGGGUGCAGAUAAAAGUGUUCAAACUCCCGGAUCGAACAAAUGUAACUUUCAGCCUCAAUAACUUACCCAGUUCUUUCACCUAUACUACUCCCCCAAUCAACGACUUACAAUACGUUGAAUAUGAAUUUGUGGUAACGCAUGAUGCCCCAUCGAGAUCUUAUACCAGAUCGGCAACUGUUCGACUAAAUGUACACUAUCCUGUGAACAUCACCAACAUAUUCCCAACGUCAAUCUCUUCCCCAGUAACCACCGGCCCGAAUCACGUGAUCUGCGAAGCAUCAGGUUCACCUUCUGCAGAUGUGGUUUGGAUCAGAAAUGAAGUUACGGUUCCAUUAAGAAGAGAUAGCUCCAUAUAUCAAGUAAAAAUCACAGGAAACUCUUCACUUUAUAUAAUGAAUGCAGCAUUGACUGAUAGUGGAAUUUACACAUGUCGUGCCACUAACAAUAUAGGAGAACCGGCUCAGAAUACCAAAGAUGAACAAAAGAUAGAAUUAACAGUGUACGGAUCCCCUGUGAUACUAAAUCAAAAAGUAGAAGAAUGCAGUGUUGGAGGAAAGGUCAUAAUUGAAUGGAAACCUAGCAAUCAAACAGUUGGCGUCGUCCAUAGAAUUUCAGCAACUCGCGAAGGUAACACUGUAGCUGAUUACACGCGAACCAUAACAGCACAAAUACACGAAACUACAACAAUUGAGAAGCUUUCUGCUGACACUAACUAUGCAAUCAAGAUAACCGUGUGUCCAGAUGAGUGCAUAAUCAGUCUUCAUGCACAAACAGUAAUCCAAACAAGAAUGGGUUUGCCGAAUCCAGUUACCGACGCUCGAGUUAUAAAAGUAUCAGAGAGUGAAUGUAAUCUGACCUGGGCAUGGCUGAAGUCGAAGUUAAAAACGGAUGCAACAUUUGAGAUAAUCGAGAAUGCAACGCUUGUUUAUCUGUCUUCAAACGUACACCAACAUACAUUCACCGAGGAACAUUUAUACGAAGGCAAAUCAUUAGAUUCGUUUCGUGUUCGAAUUGAAACUAAGCCUAAUCGCAAUUACACUUUCUAUAUUAAUGCAAAAACUUGCAUUGGAAGAAGCAAUAGAAUAACAGCAAUUGGAGAAUGCCUUACAAAUGUGGCAGCACCAGAAAACGUUCCUGUACCAACAGCAGUCCGGUCAGAAGUAAGAAAGGCCUCACAGUUGAUAAACAUCACGAUUCCAGAUGAAACAAGAGGACCAAUAAGUUGUAUAUUCAUAAUCGUGAAAUCCGGUGGGAGAAUUUUAGAUGAAAUUACAACAGAAAAGUUGACUCGGUUAUCAGAAAACGCAUUGGUCGGAAAAUCAGAAGAAAAUGAAUAUCUCGCAUUUGCAGUGCAACGGUCAAAAAUAAAAGGUACUAAGAUGCAAAUAUCUCUUGGAGACGACACCAACAGUUUCUGCAAUCUAUCAACUAGUAUGUCAACUAAUUUAACUAGGGUCAAACGUGCAGUAACAGGAUACAUAUCUGGAAGGAACUUGCCGCUCGAAAUAGGUUCUACAUACACCUACUACGCAGUUACUUCAACUUACUCAGUGACUUCGGAUAAAGUUUUUUUACAACGCAGUUCUUCUGCGGUAUUCAUCCUAAAGAAAACUGAAGAGUCAAACUAUGUCUGGAUAGCUGGAGUUGUCGUUGGCGCAUUCGUGAUUGCAGUCGUUGUUGUACUGAUUGUCCUAUUAGUCAGGAAAAAACGAAAUGUUCGAAAAGAAGAAAAUGACGAUCAUACUUAUGAGCAACCUUCGACUAACCCUAUUGGAAUUCAAUUGCCUCCAGUAAGAAGCCAAGAUUCUGGAGGUUAUCUCAACGUGCAUUACAAGUAUGAAAACGUAGAUUCAAUUCCCACCAACAAUACUUAUGAAGAAAUAAAAGUUUAAUGAAAAAGGACAAUGUCGUGCUAAAUAAAUAAUUCAUCUAUAUACGACAUAUACAUGUAAUAUUUAUAUCUAUUUGCUUGAUCAAUCACAAGUUGAUGAAAACCUGUGCUUUUGUUUAUUGAAAAUAACCAAUUUUGUUUAGUGAUAUUCAAUAAUAUUUGUUUCGUUGCUAAGUGGUUGGUUUCUAGCAAUUAUGCAUACAGAAAAAUAUCAGAUUCAUAAAAUGAAAUAAAUGUGCUAGAAAAUGUUCCACCAAAAUACUAUAUAUUCCUAUAACACCUUUAUAUAUUUACGUGAUCAAUUAAAAAUUGAUAGAAACCUGCGUUUUUCAUUAGAAAUAAUUAUCCUUUUUUCAGGUAUUUUGAAUAUUAUUCGUUUAGACUUUAAUUGUUUAUGUUUUAAGUAGCUAUGCGUAAGAAUAAAUAUCAGUUCGAUGAAAUAUAAUAGUAACAUGCAAAAAAUAUUUACCUUAAAUAGCUAUAAAAGUUUUACCUAUUUGCAUAAUCAAUUACAAAUUGAUCAAAAAUUAUAUUUAUUGGAAAUAAUAAUUUUUCCAAGCAAUAUUAAAUAAAAUUUAUAUUGAUUUUAUUUUUUAUGUUCCCAGCAACUAUGCACAUGCAAAAAUACUCAUUUGAUGAAAUAGGAUGAUAACGCAAUAUGAAAUAUUUCACCGAUAUAUACUGUAUACAACUAUGAAAAAGUCUAAUUUUUAUUGAAAAUAAAAUAAUUAUCAUAUUUCAGCUUUUAACUGUUUUUGCUUCAAGUAUCUAUGGUCAUAGUGAAAUAUAAGUUUAUA